CCCGGGCAUGUGACUCGGUGUGUGCUGUGCCCGCAGGAGAUGCUGCAGGAUAAGGGCCUGUCGGAGAGCGAGGAGGCCUUCCGGGCCCCGGGCUCGGCGCUCGGCGAGGCCAGCGCUUCCAACGCCGCCAACGCCCCCGAGCCCGCGCUGGCUGCGCCGGGCCUCAGCGGAGCCGCGCUCGGCAGCCCCCCGGGCCCCGGCGCCGACGCCGCCGCCGCUGCCGCCGCCGCCGCGGAGCAGACCAUCGAGAACAUCAAGGUGGGCCUGCACGAGAAGGAGCUCUGGAAGAAGUUCCACGAGGCAGGCACUGAGAUGAUCAUCACCAAGGCGGGCAGGAGGAUGUUCCCCAGCUACAAGGUAAAAGUCACAGGCAUGAACCCCAAGACCAAAUAUAUCCUGCUGAUUGACAUCGUCCCUGCGGAUGACCACCGCUACAAAUUCUGUGACAACAAAUGGAUGGUGGCAGGGAAGGCUGAGCCGGCCAUGCCAGGAAGGCUCUAUGUCCACCCCGAUUCUCCUGCCACUGGGGCCCACUGGAUGCGGCAGCUGGUUUCCUUCCAGAAGCUGAAGCUCACAAACAACCACCUGGACCCCUUCGGCCAUAUCAUCCUCAACUCCAUGCACAAGUACCAGCCACGGCUACACAUCGUGAAGGCUGAUGAGAACAACGCUUUCGGCUCCAAAAACACAGCCUUCUGCACCCAUGUGUUCCCAGAGACUUCCUUCAUCUCUGUGACCUCCUACCAGAAUCACAAGAUCACACAGCUGAAGAUUGAGAACAACCCUUUUGCCAAGGGAUUCCGGGGCAGUGACGACAGUGACCUGCGUGUAGCCCGGUUGCAGAGCAAAGAAUAUCCUGUGAUCUCCAAAAGCAUCGUGAGGCAGAGGCUCGUCUCCACCCAGCUCUCAGCCAAGCCUGACGUCAGCCCCCUGCAUGGUGCCCACCAGGCGCUCCAGCACUACCAGUAUGAGAAUGGGGCUCACAUGCAGUUUGCUGCAGCUGAGCCACAGGACCUUCCCCUCAACACCUUCCCGGCCCAGAGGGACUCAAGCCUCUUCUAUCACUGCCUGAAAAGACGAGACAGUGCCCGCCAUCUGGACCUACCUUGCAAGCGAUCCUAUCUGGAAGCUCCCCCUGCAGUGGGAGAGGAUCAUUAUUUCCGUUCUCCCCCUCCCUACGACCAGCAGAUGCUGAGCCCCUCCUACUGCAGUGAGGUGACCCCAAGAGAAGCCUGUAUGUACUCAGGUUCGGGGCCCGAGAUUGCCGGGGUGUCUGGGGUGGACGACUUGCCCCCACCCCCCCUGAGCUGUAACAUGUGGACGUCAGUCUCCCCGUACACAAGCUACAGUGUUCAGACAAUGGAGACUGUGCCUUACCAGUCUUUCCCCGCCCACUUCACCGCCACCACUAUGAUGCCUCGGCUGCCCACUCUCUCCGCUCAGAGCUCCCAGCCGCCGGGAAACACGCACUUCAGCGUCUACAAUCAGCUCUCACAGGCUCAGGUCCGGGAGCGGGGGCCCGCUGCCUCCUUCCCGAGGGAGCGCGGCCUCCCCGCCGUGUGCGAGAGGAAGCCCCCCUCGCCACACCUGAAUGCUGCCAAUGAGUUUCUCUACUCUCAGAGCUUCUCCCUGUCCCGGGAAGCGUCCUUACAGUAUCAUUCAGGAAUGGGAACUGUGGAGAACUGGACUGACGGAUGACUCCCAUGUCCGGCGACAGCCCCAGGACCAUGUUAAUCCAGUGUUAACCUCUGUGGGUGGCCUGCGCUACCGAGAAACACAGGAAGGUAUUUCAAAGGGUGGGGUGUCUGCGUGUAUGUGUGCGUGUGUGCGCGUGUGCGUGUGUGAGCGUGCGCGCGCGCGUGUGUGCAUGCGCACGUUUGGAGAGCAUCCGCCUUCGGACGUACAGCUGAGGCCACGACAAGGGAAAGAACCGCAAUUAUCUAAGAAGUGACUUGGGCUGCAGGACCUGGGUCCACUGUUAGCUCACAUCUCUUGACAGGUGCAGGGAUGGGACGGCAGUGGAGAGUUCAUGUGAGUUACUCAGAGGUUUUGAUAAUAUAAUCUUUGAUUCACUCAGGGGCCAGGUGGUGAGGUCUCUCUCACAGGGAAGGUUGGGGGAAGACUCGCUUAGCUGGGGUGGGAGGGCUCUGUGCACAUCUUUGAGUUCCUGGCCUUCUGUUAGCAAGGGAAGCUGGAAAUCUUGUCUGGGGAGCAGGGGGCCCACUCUCCUGGAGAUUCCGUGAGACGACCUGAGACAUGCGCUGGGCUAAGCCACAAAGUGCGCUCUGAGAGUAGAGCUCACGGCUCAGUCAGUGGCCUGGAAAUUGAUCCCUGGAGUCCUGAGGUCUGAGGGAUGACUUUCAGAGAAGGUCAUGUGCUAAGUGCCACCUGAUGGGUAUUAAAAAAAUUUUUUUUCCUUCAAGAGGAGGGAAAAUGCAACCAAUAGCAUCUCUGUCAUCAUUCAGGUUUUCUUACAUGGUACA